UUGCUGUUAUCGGCCCUGCAGACGACAGUACACUGCAAUACGCCCUUCCUGCGUUGGAGAAGCACCACUUGGUUGCACUGGGUCCCUACCCUGGGGCAUCUGGAGUGCGGUAUUGGGAGUCGCAUUAUUACUUUCUCCGCACAGACCCCAUGUCCGGCCUAUACGCUGACGUGUGGUACGUCACUGCGCACUUGCGUGUUCGUUUGUCUGGGCUUCAUGUAUUUGUCUGAUGUUUAUUACGGGGAUGUUGAGUACGCUGAAGCCGUCAACUUGAUGAGGGGCAUUGGAUGGGAGCUGUGUGGUGUGUUCACGCUGCCGGGAACGAGGGAG